CGAAAACAAUGAGAUUGUUUCGUAUUUUUCCAGUGUCAUCAUGAAGAAGAUCUCGCUGGUUUUAUUGGUCCUCUUCGUGGCAUCCGUCGCGGCGCUGCCUCUCCGAGACACCCCGCCGAACGUUCGAUUGUUUUCACGGGACAAGGACGCGGUUCCAGUUUCCACGGAAACAGGGAUUGUCACCGGCAAGGACGCGACGAAUCGGUCGACAAAAAAGCAAUCAGAGAAGACCGACGGUGGAACGAAAGAGUCUUCGAAAUCCUCGUUACCAGCAGCCUCUUCCUCGAUUCAGGAUAAUAAUCGAGCGGAGGGCAAGCCCGACGGCACCCGCUCGUUCAAACGCAUCAUCAACGAAGCGAGAGACGACAAGACGGGCAAGAAGAAUCGGAGGCAUAAAGCCAUUUUCCUCGAUUACCCGCUCGUACCGCAGCUUCCAUUCCCCAACGACAUCGUCCCUUACGACAUCGAUUAUCCUAAUAACAAGUUCGACACCGAGGAUAGGACGGUGGCCGAUUCGAAUAAUUUGCAGGAAAGUAACAUCUUCUACAUCAGGCUACCACCCACGCCGUACAUGUUCGUACCGGGGUUGGGUUACAUCUCGCAACCGCCCACCUAUUCGACGGCCAACCUUCAACCGCUCGUGCCGUACAAGAGGCCCGGAAGACCGAGACCCGCGUACCAGCAAUCCGUUGUUAACCACCACCACCCGUUCAUCAAACUGCCCAUCGAUUUCGUGAGCAACGGAAAACCGACCUCGGUCUACCAUUGGCAGAAGAAGACGAACAAGAAACCGACCGACACCCCGAUCACCAAUCUGGACACCCUCUCCGCCGAUUUCGUGACCAAUGGGAAACCGACCGCUAUUUAUCAGUGGCAGGCCAACGUGAAACCGACCAACAAACCCGAUCACGAUUCGGUCCACAAGCUGGACAAAGGCCCGUACGAGUUCAACGGCAAGCCGACCAGUUUCUUUCUGCUGAAACCGGAUGGAACCGCAGCGGCGCGUCACCCUUUCCGCUAUUCCGAUUACCAGGAUAAUUCCUACUAUUGAAGACGCGAGGAUCUCGUUCCUGCCUCGAA